AUACAGUGAACUUUAGACGCAAGGAAAACUACAAAACUUCCAGCCCAAAAUCUGCGGUGCAUCCUGGGAAAUCCGCUAACAUGGGGACGUGAAACAUGCAGGGUUUGCACAGCUCUACAUGACGGAAGAUUAAAAAAAAAACAGUCGAAAUCGCUCAGAGGGGCGAAAGGUGCGCGUUUAGCCGGGAUAAGCAAAACACCUUCGCGGUGUUGUUUUUUUCCGCUGGGCUGCUCUGACAGGACUGGCUUCCCUCAGUCGAUCGGUGGGUCGGACUUGUGCUGUUACGAUGUGUGUCCACUGCUCCGCCAAGCUCCGUCGGGGAAGUGAAUCUUUCACCGGAUGAUGGACAGCAACUACCCGAGCUCCAGCUUUGCGGACGCGCUGGCUCCACCAGCACAGACCGUAGCUUCUUGGGCCUAUGACCGCAGCACAGCUAGUAUCAAGCCAAGCCCUGCACAUCAUCUGGAAUACUUCCCCGCCACCUUCACAUGUCCCAGUUAUGGUACAGCACACCUUGACACGGAGCUCCUGCAGCGGCAAAGCUACACUUCCACCCACCAGCUUCCCACCUACACUACAUCGCACCUUCCUGCUGCAGCAGGAAUACUUGAUACAAGCAGUAAUAUGCCGGAGACUUCAAUCAUGAGCUUCCUGUCAGUCAUGGAGUCUAGAAGCCUUCAGGCUGGUCCUGUUAGUGCCUCACUGCUUCCUCCUUUUAGACCCUCAUCAUGGCCUGCUGGUACAAACUCCACCACCACAGAGCUGUAUUUGACUGGUGCCCUGCCUUCUACUGCCACUUUCCCCUCUCCUGCUGCACUGUCAUCCUAUCAGCACACUGGUGCCUACCCUACCAGGAGUUAUGCUACCAAUCCCUCCCUGGCUCUCCAGGAUCCUGCCUUCAGCACUUCCACCAAUGGCCUGUUUUCUCACCAUGAUCCCCUCCUACAUCUCAAACCAAGCCAGACUGUGCUUCCCACUGCCCUGGCCUUCAAUCAUCUUUCUGCCCCUGCUUUGGGCUCUACUUUGCCUGUUCAGUCCUCUACUUACCGCUCAGCCCAGGAGUCAGCCCCCCACCUCCUGCAACCCCAGUUCAGCCUCCUACCUUCUACCCUGCCUGCCCCUCAUGGUGCCCCACAACCUUAUGGAGCCACAGUUUUCUCUGGCUCUAUUGAAAGAGCUCUUCAGCGUGAAUGUAGUGUGAUCAAACACCACCAGAGGCCUUCUAGCAGCAACACAGCUUCAGAGCAAUUAUCCAAUUCAGAGCACUCCUUACAGGGGUACUUUGGUUCUGGCAGUGAGGCGGAUGUGUCCUACCACCAGGACCCAUCCCUUCAGACCCCAGUGUCCUGCAGCCGUUCUACAGGACCAGAUUCUUCUCAAAGUGUCAAUGGUGCUCCACAAUCCAAAGCAGACUCAGAAACUCAAGCUUAUUCAUCCGCUUCAGUGCCGAAAGCUAAAGACUGCACUUCUGAACUAGCUCCACACCCUGCUGGGGGUGGAGAGAGUCACAACCAGUCACAGAAUUUGACAGGAGGGACACCUGAGCGUUAUUCCUCCCCAGGACAGAACCAGAGCUCUGUGAUUGCUAAUCAGCUCUCAGUCCAACUGCCUAGCCUGAUGUCCAGUAGCCUGUCUCAUACCUUUAUCACCCCCCAUACACAAUCGCAGCCCCCUGGUUCCACCUCAGACAAACUGUCCUCCCUGUACAAGCCUCUGCCUUCCCUUUCUGGCCAGUCUGGCAAUGCAUCUGUUAGUCAGACUCUUGUUUACUCCUCCAGUCCAGGGCUGAGCCAGGAGCAGGAGAUCCAGUAUGGAGCCCAGGUCCAGGAGUUGUGUCAGGGGAAUAUCUCUGAGAGCUACCCCACGUCCCACUCUCAGGGUGCUCCAAAUGUGACUUUUACAUCUCAGUCACAGGGGCAAGCUUCGGUGGCUCAGUCUCAGAGUUACACCACAGGACAAUCCCUUAACUCCUCUUACUCACCUAUAUGUGUGCAAAGUUUGCCCACAUCAAAUUCUGCACAGGACUUCACCUUCAUGCAGGCCUCAGUUGGAGGUAAAACACACAACACUCUGUCCCAGCAGCAGACACAGCCCCAUAAAUACAUUUUGGCUACAACUUUGCCUACUUAUGCUUUAGCUGCUCAAACCUUACAAAAUGUCACAACCUCAUCAGUACAGGAUAUUAAGCCAACAUAUGGCAAACAGAAACUUGAAGAGCUUCCUAUCCAGGACCUAGAGGCUCUCCAGCAGGCAUCUAUGGAGGCCUCUGCAGCAGAUAGCAAUAUGGCUGCUCACAAUGUCAUCUAUGUUGUUUCAAAAAUGGAUGAUAACAAAACACAAAGUGUUAUCCGAAGCAAUUCACGUUCUGAUGACCACCUCAUGGGACUAAGUCAUACAAACACUGCACAGGUGAAGGAUGAAAGGAUGGGUUGUCUGAGCCAACAGCACAUGCAUCUAAACAGUGUCAAUGGUCUGGAAACUACCACCACAAAAACCACAAACUCCAGUAUUGUGUCUUCGCAUGAAGACCUGAGCUCAGAGCGGCUCAAGCAACACCCUCUCCAACUCCAAUCCCCUGACCCACAUCAACAAAGUCAUCAGAAUCAUAAUCAGAUGCAGAGCCAGACCCUGGCAGCCCACACCCAAUUUGUCACUGUUCCCAGCACUCAGGUUCUCCUCGAGCCUAAUCAGAUGAUUCUGCUCCAGCAGCCCAUUGUUCACCAUGGACAAAACUCUUCAAAACUCGUAUCGGUGCAAGGUAUCCAACCAGCCCAAGGUUUGGGCCCUGUUCAUGUUCAAUAUCUUCAGAUGGAUCAAGAGCUGCUAGGUCCCACUGUCACUGAGACCCAGAGUCAACAGGGAACAGUAGUGUCUGAACAGAGCUCAGGAUGCCAUGAUUCCUCUAAACACCACUAUAGUCAGUCAGCAGAUCCGCUGCCAACUGAUGCCAAGAACCACUUUGCUCUCAACUCAAUUUGCUUCCCCGAUUCGAUGCUACUUGCGGAUGAUAGAAAUAUUUUGUCAAACGUCGAUGACAUUCUGGCUGCCACUGUUGCAGCCUGUGGCGUCACACCGCAAGACUUUGUCAAAGCUACAUCCUCUUCUGAGGCUGAAAUGGCAGUGAUGGCAAGCCCUGUGGAUUCUAAGGGUCACUUCCACUCUGUGGAUAUAAGGCACAUGUCACCUAGUUUCUCAUCAGCACAGCAGCCAAUCAUUACCAACACUAACUCCCACACCAUGACGCUAAAUGGAGCCCAGAUGGCCACAGACUGUCAGGAUCAGUCUGUUCACCAGUGCAACAGUUCUGAGCUUGACACAAAUGGAGAUGGAGGGAGCUCUGAAAGUGAUCAUCAUAUAGCUGGACAGAUGUAUGACCCCUCAGGUCUCCAGAGCAGUGUCAAAGGGAAUGCAAAAUGUAUUAAAACAGAAGAUUGCCUUAUGGAGUGCUCGGGCAGUGAUGACUAUUCCAAAAAGAAGGCUCGCUCCAAACCAGGGGUUCCUGAGGAGGACAGUGGGCAGACCAGAGCAGCCAAACGCAGUGGGCAGGCAAAGCGGCAGAACUCCAGGGGAAGUGACGUCGGCUCACCAUCUGCCUCACAAAGUGUAUAUGAUGGAAGUCCACAGCAGGAGAGAAUCAGGCAGAAGAUCCGUGAAGUAGAAGAGAAACAGCCAGAGAUCAAAACUGGCUUCAUUGGCUCUUUCCUGGAUUUCAUCAAAUCUGGCCCCAAGCAGCAGUACACUCCAAGUCCAACACGAACUAUCAGUCGCCCCAGAAAGCCCUGCAUCUCAUCCAAGCCGCUGCCAUGUACUUUGCCAAUGUUGCCUUCCAAACUGCAGACCCUGCCAGGGUCCUUGAUUUCCCAGGACAGUCAAGGAGCAAAUUCUCAACAGAAACGUAUGGAUGAAGAUCUACAAAAGAAUUUGGAGACCCUGCCAUCGUUCAGCUCAGAUGAAGAGGAGAACACUGGAAAGAACCAGGCCCUGAGGAACAGUAUCAGCUCAGCUCUGUCGGCCCUGGAUGAGUCUUCAGAUCGGAAAACGAGGACAGAUAACCAAGUCCCUGGUUCAGUGAGGAAGCCAGACCAAGUUCCCACCAUGCCACACAUCAUCACUGAGACCUGUUUGCCACAGGUAACCACUCCUACACCGUCAACAAACACUGUCUCAGGAGGGAUUGCGAUCGUGGCCACAGAGGAGUCCACAGCUACCCUACCAGGCCAGUUGGCCGUGCACUUGAUGAGUGUGGCCAUUGAGGGACUGACUGACGAGGAACUGUCGGACAGUGGAGGAGAGGGAAUGUACCGGGAGCGAGACGAGUUCGUUGUCAGGAAUGAGGAUAUCGAAAACUUGAAGGUGACUAUGAGAGCAGGGAGUGAACCUCCAGCCAUCUGGAAAGUCCAGAAGGCUUUGCUGCAGAAAUUUGUGCCUGAGCUGAGAGAUGGAAAGAGAGUCUUCUCAGCCACCAACAGUUAUCUUGGAUACUUUGGUGAUGCCAGAACCAUGUACCAGAGGGUAUAUGUGAAGUUCUUGGACACGGUUAACAAAAGGGAGUAUGUACGAGUUUGUAGUCGUAAGCCACGUUGCAAGCCUAUGAACUCGCUAAGGGGUCUUCAGGUGAAAACUUUGCUUGGCUUGACAGCCACCAAUUCUUCAGUCCCCCAGAGCCAAAAGUCCCGACCCAAACAACUCAAACCAAGGGCUGAGCCCCCACCUAAGAAGAGGAGGAAAUGGAAGGAGGAGUUUUCACACGCUGCCUCAGGAUCAUCUGCAGAAGAAGAGUUAAAAUCUCCAGCACCGUUUGCUUCACGGUUCCUCAACACACGAACCAUGAAGGACACAUUCAAGAGCUUUGUGGAACUGCUCAUCAGCAUUGCCUUAGAUGAAGAUGUGAUGAGCGCACCCGAGAGGGCAAACGAUGAGUUCCUGCUGCCACAUAUGAAACGAGUGGAUGGGAUGAUCACCGACAACAGAAAACGCCUACUUCACAAGCUGCAUAUAGGUCAGGUCCUUAAGACAGCCCUAGACAGCUUCCCAGAGAUCUCAGUGGUGACUGAACUGAAGAAGGAUGGAGAAACCCCGGCCUUCAAGGUACGUCUCAGUGGGAGGGCCUACAACAGGAAGACCAUGAAGCCCUACAAGAUGCCUAACAAAGUGCCACAAGAGUACACAGUGGACCAGCAGAAAACUCAAUGGUUCUCUCUGUACCAUUCUUUGCAACAUUACAAGUACCACACGUACCUCAUGUGUAAGGACGAGAUUGCAUCUCUGGGGGUGCAGGCAGGGGAACUGGGGCAGGAGGAGACUGUACAGAAGUGUCUGCAGAACAGAGCUUGGGUAGAGGGGCUCUUCGAUCGCUUUGGAGACCUAAUCAGUCAGGUGCAGCAGGCCUGCCGAUGAUCCAUCCAUGACAGGGUUGGUUUAAACACAAAGAAAAAGCGAGUCUAACACUUAAAAAAGCCUCCAGCUCCAAAUGGCAGCAGAGAAGGAUGAGGUGCAUCUCUCCUUCCAGCCACAGAGAGAUUUGAUUCAGGGACCUGUCAGCUGACUUGCCUGAAAGACAUUUGGCAGAACAGUGGCAGCAGGUCAGCAGUGGGACAGCAGUAAGUGUAUAGCCUACAUCACCACAUCCCUGCAGAAAGCAGUAACUUGAUUAACAAAAGACACAGGCGUUUGUUUUUGGAAGCAUUUUGCAAGACUUCCACAUAGUGCUUCUUUUGGUCUUUGUAGUUUUUUUUUUUUUCUUUUUGUAGCUACAAGCCCACUUUUUAGGGGCCUUUUCAUAGAUUUAUAUGAUUUGUUUUAUUGUUGUUUUUAGUUAAAUAACCACCUAACCAAUAAGUAUGCACUAGAUAGAAAGCAAUCUGCUUAGGAACUAGGGCACAGCAAAUAAAGAAGCUGAAAUCUGAUUGCCUACAGUUAUAAGAAGCCUUUGUCAAUCAUUUAAUAAGUAGGUUCACAUGCAGAGUUGAUUAUUGUAAAAAAACAAAAAAAAACUAUAUAUUAUAUAUAACCGUAGUUAUAUACAGUUUGUAAAACAUCCAUUUUGUAAUGGAGCGCCAACUUAUAUAUAAUGUACAUUCUGUAAAAAGGAACAAGGAGGUGGGAACUGCACCAAUUCUCUUUAGGAGGGACUUAGUAUAUACUGUAUCUACAUUGUGGUUUACCUUUUGUGCUUCAAACACCCCUUUGUUUAUGAUGAGAGACUGCUUUUUAUGAAUUUUGUUAAAGCAGAUAUCUGAGAGUAAACUGAAAUAAAACUUGUCUUUAUACUCCUUUACAGACAUAAGCCACAUUUUAUGACAAAUAGAUAUCUAUUUUUCACAGAAGUAAAUAUUAUGUUCACGUGCUCAUCACAGUUUCUAAGACACUUUUUCAUUGUUGUUUUCACAGUUUUCCUAAAUGGACUCUUUACAAGUCAGUUACCAGUUUUAUGCUAUCAGGAACAAUCUUGCUCUUUAAAGAUGCAGUUUGUAAAUAAAGUGCUGCAUGUGUUGGAUCUGUUUUGCUAUGUUUUGUUUGAGGUAUUAACAUUUUUCUUAGUAUUGUUUUUUCUGCUGAUCUCAUGAGAUUUUGUGCUAUGGCACAUUAAUGCUAAAUUCUUGUAAAAUGCACCUUUCCUUCUGAAUCAGUGAGUUAAUGUUUGCUUUUCAGGAGUAGUAGCACCACAGUUUUUAUCAGAAAUAGAGCAUUUGUUUCUUAAUAAAAUGACAUGGUGGUUCCCAGAAUCAUAAAGUAAAAAUACAAGAUCAUAUGACCCCGGUCCAUGGUAGUUAAAUGACAGCCUCACAAUUCAAGGAACAAAACUGUGGUUGUGCCACAGUCUCCAGCAAUAUUUAACUAGAGUGUUCUGAGAACACGCGCAUCUAAAUACUAAUAGGUGCCUCCAUAAGUACUUUUACUGCACCAGGAGGAGUUGGAUUUUAGAGCAUGC